ACAUCAUGUGUUAUGAUUUACAUCAUUUAUAUAUGUAUGUAUGUAGCUUCUUCCGAUAGACCUUCGGAUCGCGCAUGCGCAAGUUUCAUAGUUUAUACUUUGGGAACAAGUUAAAGGUACAAAUAAGCAGUUUAGUACAUAGAUGUUGUGGUUUGUCCUGAUUCAAUAUCAGCUGAUUCCUUUCCCACACGGUAUUCCACCACUAUCUAUCACCGACCACUUGAAAAGUAUAAUGUAUGCGUAUGUAUUAUGUACAUACAUUCAACAAGCUUACGCAAGAUAAUAGCAUUGUAGUACAUGCCUAUAUCUAUCGCGUGUCGAGCUAUAUGAGCGUAUUUCCGCGUUGUUGCGACAAACAGAGAACCAUUGACGGCGGAACAGCUGUAGAGUCCACCAUCGUCUUUGUGCUGAGAUGAUGGCGGAUCAUGAAAUCGUUCAGGCGAGAAGCAGCUGGGUUUGGGGAUGGUUUAGCUGGUCUGGGUCGUCUUCAACCAUGUUACGUGCUGCAGAAAAGAAAAUUUUGUCAUGUUUAAAAACUGCAUAUAGAGGAUGGUAUGUGGAUAUUGGGCCAGUAGUGGGACCAGCCGAUAAAAUCUGGACUAUUUCGUUAAAUGAAGAAUCGCCAAAGACUCCUAUUGUUUUAUUACAUGGCUUAGGAGCUGGUGUAGCAUUAUGGUGUUUAAAUCUAGAUGCGCUUGCAUCUCAGAGACCAGUAUACGCCAUAGACUUGUUAGGAUUUGGUAGGAGUAGUAGACCUGUUUUUAGUAACGAAGCACAAAAAGCUGAGGAGCAGUUGGUGCGUUCUGUGGAAGAAUGGAGACGAGAAAUGCAACUGGAAAAGUUUGUGUUACUGGGCCACUCAAUGGGCGGUUUUCUCGCGGCAUCUUACGCGAUGCGAUAUCCAGAGAGAGUAAAACAUCUUAUACUAGCUGAUCCAUGGGGUUUUCCUGAGAAACCUGAUACUGCUGCAAGAGCACACGUACCAUUUUGGGUUAAGGCUAUAGCGUUUGCAGUGCAGCCUUUGAAUCCGUUAUGGGCAGUCAGAGUUGCAGGACCAUUUGGACAGUGGCUCAUUGAGAAGACAAGACCCGAUAUAGUGAAAAAAUUUACUCCUGUGUUGAAAGACGAUACUGCAAUAAUUUCGCAAUAUAUACAUCAGUGCAAUGUACAGACGCCAUCAGGUGAGAGUGCGUUUCACGCGAUGAUGCAUGGUUUUGGCUGGGCAAAAAAUCCUAUUGUUAAACGAAUGGACAAAUUAAGCAAUGAGAUACCUAUUACGUUGUUGUAUGGGAGUAGAUCAUGGGUCGAUAAUUCAGCCGGUGAGACGAUAAGACAAUCUCGAUCUUCAUCUUAUGUUAAUGUUCAGGUGAUUUCUGGAGCCGGGCAUCACGUUUAUGCAGACAAAAGUGAUAUUUUUAAUAAAUAUGUGCUGGAAGCAUGUGCUUUAAGUGACUCGAUACCUCAUUUAACUUCAUCAAACUUACGUUUGUACAAUAAACCCGUAAGUGAUGUAGAAAUAGAUGUAACUUUACCGAACAAAGAACAAGAAUCUUCGCUUAAAGAACAAAAGUCGAAAGAAUAAGACUGGAAAUGUCAAAAUGGUCGCAAGUUAAAAUUUAAAAUGAAAUAUUCUCGAGGAACAGGACAUUCCAGUUUUAUUGAUUCGGUACAAAGAAUCAUGUGGUAAAAAUAUAGUGUAAUAUACUAGAUUUUGUGUACAAAGAUAUAAGCGUGUAAAGAAUAUUAAUAUUUAAAUUUUUUUCAUGUUGUAACAUAGCAAUACGUUAUGCGAUUUAUAUCACAAUAUUAAAAAAAUAAAUGUUAAACUAAUACGCGCGAGUUUUAUGUGAUAUUCUAAAUAUUUAAAAAAUCGCAGGGUAUUUCGCGUUUAAUCUUGAAAAUUAUCAUGAUAGCGCAUUCCGCAAAUCGCGGAAACUACUAAAAAAAAUAAUAAAUGAUCUUUACAAGUAAGAUUCAUAUCUUAACAUAUUGUCGAUGAGAAACGAGAAUUCUCGUUAUCAAAUAUGCGUUUGCCGCAUUUAUCGGCAAUGUGUUAAGAAUCUUUGGUAAUCCCGAAAUAAUUUUAGAUUUUGAUAUCAAAACCGAGAAAAAAUACACGCCUAAGAUUGUCGCACCAGUUCCCGCAGUCAAAACCUAAACUGGCUGCGAGAUCAUUAAGGAAUCUUAAUACGUGAUUAAAAAUUUAACUUAAUUAAAAAGUUAUGUAUUAUAGACAAAUUUAUAGGUAUGAAAAUUGGAAGCACACACACAGCUUGUAUAAAAUAUAAAGUAAUGACACAUUACGUACAAUUUUAAGUUUUGAACAGAUUAUAUCUCUAAUAGUUAUCGAGCUAAUUAACCAAUCUUGCUGUUCUUAUUAAUUCUUAUUAAUUAUCUCAAACUUGCACAAAGUAGCAAGAAUUCUUUUUUUUGUUUUUAUAUGUACAA